AUGCUCUCAUCUGCUACUCUACGCUCAUUCAUUAGUCGUUCGAAGGGCACCUGGGGGGCGAAUAAAACCUUAGACGCACUACGGGGCCUCUUGGCGGUGAAUUCAACGAGAGGACAGCGCUUCUUCGCGGCGGCUCAACCGGUACCCUCGCCGGAGCGUCGUGGAACAGCGGAACCGGUGUUGAACGCUUCCUUAGCGGAAGUGGACCCAGAUAUUGUGGAAAUAAUAGAACGAGAGAAGCAGCGUCAGUGGUCUUGUGUGACGCUCAUUCCGUCGGAGAACUUUGCACCGAGAGCCGUUCUCGAGGCCAUUGGGUCGCCUCUAACCAACAAGUAUUCGGAAGGCCGACCAGGGGCCAGGUAUUAUGGAGGGAAUGAGUGGAUUGACCGCUCGGAAAUGCUAUGUACGCAAAGGGCACUGGAAGCGUUUUCCCUGGAUCCAGAGCGCUGGGGGGUUGACGUGCAGGCGCUCUCCGGGUCACCAGCGAAUAUGGCCGUCUAUACUGCCCUGCUACGGCCCCAUGAUCGCAUCAUGGCGCUUGACCUACCGCACGGCGGCCAUUUGAGUCACGGGUUCAUGACAGCCAAGAAGCGUGUGUCCGCUACGAGCAUCUUUUUCGAGAGCAUGCCCUAUCGCCUAAACGAGGCUACCGGGCGCAUCGAUUACGACAAGCUAGAGGAAUUGGCGAACCUCUUCAGACCCCGUUUGUUGAUUGCGGGCGCUUCGGCUUACUCGCGGCUCUAUGACUACGAGCGGAUGCGCAAAAUCGCCGACUCGCAAGGGGCAUACCUCCUUGCCGAUAUCGCGCAUAUUAGUGGUCUGGUUGCGGCUGGUGUGAUACCGUCGCCGUUCGAAUAUGCAGACGUCGUCACGACGACGACACACAAGGCGCUUCGGGGCCCGCGCGGUGCGCUCAUCUUUUACCGCAAAGGCGUGAAGAGCAAGGACCCCAAAACAGGAAUCAUAGAGGAGUACGACCUGGAAAAUCCAAUUAAGAACGCCGUGUUCCCCGGACUCCAGGGCGGACCUCACAACCAUACAAUCUGUGCCUUAGCAGUAGCCCUGAAGAUGGCCAAAUCACCAGAGUUCAAAGAGUACCAGCGCCAGGUUCUUGCGAACGCUCAGGCGCUCGCUCGCGGUUUGACGGAACGCGGCGUUAGCAUUGUGAGUGGCGGCACAGACAAUCAUCUGCUGUUGUGCGACCUGCGCUCCCGUGGUUUGGAUGGAGCUCGUGCUGAGCGAGUUCUUGAGCUCGCAGAUAUUUCGCUCAACAAGAACACGGUACCAGGUGAUCUAAGUGCGAUGAAUCCUUCCGGCAUUCGGAUGGGUGCGCACGCCAUGACGACUCGGGGCUGCACAGAAAAAGACUUUGCACGCAUUGCCGAGCUCGUUGACGAGGGACUGAAGGUUACGGGAGAGCUCAAGAAGAUUGCUGGACCCAAGCUCAAGGAUUUUCGAGCUUUAAUGGCGGACGGCGCUGAGGGCACGCGCUUUCCUUCCUUGUUGGAGCUUCGGGACAAAGUGCACCGCUUCGCUCGACAGUUUGACCCCGUUGGUUGGUCCAUUUCGGAAAUGAAGUACCGCGACUAG